AUGUACAAGUCACCAUGGUCUGACGACAGCGAUUCCUCUGUUUCGGAGGUGCUGAGGGGCCUCAUUAACCCCGUGGGCGGUGCCAGGAGCACCCGGACGGCCCCGCUGCAGUGCAUCUCCGUGGCGGAAGGACACUCCAAGCCCGUUCUCUGCGUGGACGCCACCGACGAGCUGCUCUUCUCCGGAUCCAAAGACCGGAGCUGCAAAAUGUGGAACCUGGUGACGGGCCAGGAAAUCGCCUCGCUAAAGGGCCACCCCAAUAAUGUGGUGUCCAUCAAGUACCGCAGCCACUCAGGGUUGGUCUUCACUGUCUCCACCUCCUACAUCAAGGUGUGGGACAUCCGGGACUCGGCCAAGUGCGUCCGCACCCUCACCUCUUCAGGUCAGGUGAUCUCUGGGGACGCCUGUGCCGGGACCACCACCCGCACCAUUGCCAGCGUGCAGGGCGAGCACCAGAUCAACCAGAUCGCACUCAACCCCGCCGGCACCAUGCUCUACGCUGCUGCCGGGAACUCUGUCCGCAUCUGGGAGCUCAACAGGUUGCAGCCUAUCGGGAAGCUGACCGGCCACAUCGGGCCUGUGAUGUGUCUCACUGUGAACCAGACCGCGAGCAAUCAUGACCUGGUCGUCACCGGCUCCAAGGAUCACUACGUCAAGAUGUUUGAGAUUGCGGACAGCGUGGUGGGGAACGUCGGCCCCACCCAUAACUUCGAGCCCCCGCACUACGACGGCAUCGAGUGUCUGGCCAUCCAGGGCGACGUGCUUGUCAGCGGCUCCGGGGACAACGGGAUCAAGAAGUGGGACCUGGAGCAGCAGGAGCUCCUCCAGUUCCAUAGCCUCCUCACCCAGACGCCCAAGAACACGAGGGGGGAGGCUAUGGGGACCCACACGCUCAACCCCAGAGGAUCGCCCAAGUAG